AUGGCCACGAACUCGCGGCUCUCGCCGCAACCGAGGAUCACCAGUAGCCUGGAUCGUCGUGAUAGAUCCCGGGAGCGCGCCUCUACCCAACAGAUUCCCAGGGAUCUCGGACGCUCUAGUUCCGAUGCACCGAACGAAAGCAGGGACAAAUUCCACGAUGCAGCAGCUUCAACACCAACGGGGCCAGUGGAUGGUACUCAGAAAUCGGCUCAUAUAUCUACAGAUGACCAAAGGACAGAUAGCCAUAUGCGGCGGACAAGCCCAGUCGGCAUGUCAGACACUUUUGAUGGCGGAGAUAAUAUAGGCACCACCACUCUGAUCAACAGUAGAACUGUUGCCAGUCCAGGACCUAUCGAGGAGCCCGAUUCCAUAGAUAACGAUACAUCGCGCCACAGAGAGGAAGAUGUCAUGAUGGAGGAUGGGAACAAAGCCUUCUCCUAUCCAGUCCCAAUGCCCGCAUCAAACAUGAACGAUUCCCGAAGAGGAAUGAGUCUACCGCAUGCAGGCUUCAACAAAGGAACUCCACGUUCUCCAUCCGCAAAGAAACACAGAUGCCACCAUUGCGCAACGGAAUUUACGCGUCAUCAUAACUUGAAGAGUCAUCUACUUACCCAUAGUCAGGAGAAACCAUACGUUUGUCAGACGUGCCAAUCACGGUUCCGACGAUUACACGAUCUGAAGCGCCAUACAAAACUCCACACCGGAGAGCGCCCGCAUAUCUGCCCAAAGUGUGGACGUCGAUUUGCUCGAGGCGAUGCAUUAGCACGACAUAACAAGGGCCAAGGGGGUUGCGCAGGGAGACGGUCUAGCUUGGGUAGUUUCCUUGGCGAUGAUGAAUACGGCGACGGAGGCGGCGCGGGUGGCGAAAAUGGGAUGGAGGGCCUUAUGUACACUGAGCCAGACCGCAUGGAUGAGGAGGAUGAGAAACGCCUAAACAUGCCCAGUAUCAAAAAGCACAACCCUCCAGAUUCUGACCAACGGUCAUCAAGCACUAGCGGUGGACACGUAUCAUUCCAAUCGCACCAAUCAAGCACCUACCCGCCAUUAGCGGCCGGAAGAUCCUCCCAAGGCAGCCUCUUCCCACCCGUUACCAGUCACCCCGGCUCAAGCGCAUCACCAUCUCCCAUCUCACAAUCCGGGACUAUAUCUUUUCCUCCUGGGGUCGGGAGCGGUUCAUCAUCGAGCCUAAAUGCGCACCAACAGCAACAACCGCAAGGCAGCUCAACUUCUGUCUUCGCGCAGAACAAUAUCAGUGAAAGCCCCAAACCACUAUCACCAAACGUCGUCCCCACACGUCAAUUGAGCCAUGGCCCGGAGCACAAUGCGCAGUCACAUUCGCGUGGUGGCGGCCUUUCUCCCAGUUUGAAACCUCAAUACACGUCUCAACAAUUCGGACGAAACGGCAGCACCGGGGCUAGCAGCGGACCAGCGCAAAUUCUCCCUGCCCCACAACCAGGUGCACCACAACUUCCUCUACCACAUGGCCUCAAUAACCCAGACACACGGUUCCCGCUCCAUAGUCCUAAGCCCAAUCAAUCGCAACAAUCACAAUCACAACAAAGUCUUCACCUGUCAUCUCACGCCCACCAUCACCAUCACCACUCCCAGAACCACAGCAACAUCAGUAAUAACAGCAAUGCGAGCCCAGAUCUAAGCAAUGUCAAUAAUAACAAUAAUAGUAGUAAUAACCUCUUCUUGCGGCAACGGCAAUUAUCAACAUCAUCGCACCACUCCAACACCGCGGGCUCUUCUGCGCCGUCUCCAGAUAGGGUAUGGUCGUACGUACGCACUCUUGAAGACCGCGUGAAUGGUCUGGAAGAAGAACUUGUGCGGCUGCGGGAUCAACUUGCUGCAGCGGGCGGCAGUUGUGCUGGAGCUGGAGCUGGAGCUGGAAACGUUGCCAAUGGUGCAUAG